AUGGCGGCGGAGUCGCAGCGCACCGGUAUGAUAACGGUCCCUACCAGGGAAGGAGCGGCGGCUUGCGCUUUGGAGGUGGCAGGACCCCACACAGUUCUGGCCGCCGGCCCAGAAUGGGUGCUGGAAGCGCAUCAGCUUCUGGGGGAGCCGUGA